UUGGUUACCUGGAACGUGGGCACAGCGUCUCCACCUCCGGAUGUCACUAGUUUACUUCAGCUCAAUUCACUGGGCCCCACUAUGGACAUGUACGUUAUAGGCUUACAGGAGGUGAACUCAAGAAUCACCAAUUUUCUGUCUGACUUGGCAUUUGACGAUCCAUGGAGCAUUUUUUUCAUGGCUGUAUUGUCUCCCCUGGGAUAUAUCAAGCUCUCCUCCGUUCGCAUGCAGGGUUUACUGCUGCUGGUCUUCGUGAAGCACGUCCACCUCCCUUUCAUACGGGACGUCCAUACGCACUACACACGCACCGGCCUGUACGGAUACUGGGGGAACAAAGGAGGAGUCACCGUUCGCAUGUCCCUCUACGGUCACACAGUUUGCUUCAUGAACUGCCACUUGCCAGCGCACAUGGAGAACACAGAGCAGCGCCUGGAUGACUUUGAGAAAAUCCUGGAAAUGCAGUUUGAAGGAGAGAAUGUUCCCAGUACCUUGGAUCACGAUGUUCUCUUCUGGUUUGGCGAUCUGAACUUCCGGAUAGCAGAUUACGGCAUUCAUUUUGUCCGAGAGUCCAUAAAUAACAAGCGUUACAACCUGCUGUGGGAAAAGGACCAGUUGAACAUGGCAAAAAAGAAGGAAGCAUUUCUUCAGGAAUUCGUAGAGGGUCCCCUGCAGUUUAAACCCACCUACAAGUUUGACCUGUAUUCGGAUGUAUAUGAUACCAGUGAGAAGAAAAGAAAGCCAGCGUGGACUGACAGAAUUCUUUGGAGAGUGAAGAAUCUCUGCCAGCGCGCAUCAAAAGGAAGCGAACUCUCUGAAGAGGAACAGACCAUUUCUGUUACUUUGAAUAAAUACAUCAGUCACAUGAGCUAUGGCAUCAGCGAUCACAAACCUGUUACAGGAACUUUUGGGCUUGAGUUGAAACCUCUUUCAUCAGAUCCUUUGGUCACACUGCGUCCUGAGGGUGAGUGGAGCGCGGAACAUGAUGUUCUCAUCAGCUAUUCUGCAGUGCCUGAAUUCCCAAGCAGUGCUUGGGAUUGGAUUGGACUCUUCAAGGUGGCGUUCAGGCAUGUGAAUGACUAUGUUACUUACGCUUGGGUAGAAGAUGAUGAAAUUUCUUCUACCAAAGACAGUAAACAAGUGUACAUGAGCGCUGCGGAAAUCCCUGACGUGGGAGGAGAGUUUGUGCUUUGUUAUUACAGCAAUAACUUGCAGUCAGUAGUUGGUAUCAGCCAGCCUUUCCAGAUUCAGCCUAACAGAACAUCAACAGAAAAGGAUCUGUCACAGGAGAACAGCUGGAUGCAGAGUCCUGACAAUCUGGAGUCGCGUAAUGAGUUCUGA